AGCAGGCCCAGUCUGAGUUCUUAAUCACCGCAGUGUGGACAGAACGCUCGCCGAGGCAAGAAGUACUCCAUUAUUGAAAGGCGCGGCCGCUCUUUUGGGGGAACACGGCAAAACACCCAUUUAGCCGAUCAGUCAGGCAAUCAAUCAGUCAUGUCUCACUUGGACACCAUCACGCCCGAAGUGGUCGUCGAGGAGAUUCCGGAGGGCGACUCCGAGAGCGUAGUGGUAACGGAGGGGGAGGAGGAGGAAGCCGUCAGCGUCGUCAGCGAGGACGAGGUGAAUGUUUUGAGCGAGGAGGUGAACAUCUCCAGCGAGGAAGAGGUUAAUAACGUUUCUGGCGGAGAAGAGGAAGUGAAAGUCACCUUGCCAGAAGGAAGCCCAGUGUUGAUACGAGAGCCAUCUAUCAGUAAGAAUGUUUACAAAAAGAAUCUGAGCCAAGGACAGAUGAUGUACAAGACGUUGAAAGAGAUAAGGAGAUGCAACACGAGACGGAUCGUGGAUCAGUUCGAGAAUCUAUGCUAGCGUCGUGUCCCGUUCUGUUAAAGCGCCUUGAUAGGAUAAAAGAAAAAAAUAGAAAAAAAGAAAUGGGCUUCAAAGCUUUUUUCAUUUCAUGCGCGCAUUCCAAAUGCUGUCUAACUGUCCCUUUCGUCUGUACAUCAUUCAUUAAAUGUUUUCAUAAUAUAUAUGUAUAUAUAUUACUUCUGAUAUGAGAGAAAAACUAAUAAACUAAAAUAGAAAUCAGUGAAAGAAAAAAGAUCUUAUGCUUGCAAGCUGUUAUAGGCAAAAACAAGUUGUCUUUGAUAAAUGCCGUAUAACGGGGUUCAACUUCUUAUUCUAUUUUGAUUUUGGUGGUGUUGCCAAACUUGUCUUUCAUCACCAUCCAGCUCUGCGGUGUAUAAAAGCCUAAUCUUUCUAUUUAUCUCAUUUAUCUGCAUGAAAAUUGUCUCUGCCCAGUUACAGUUCUCUAUAGAGAGAGUUGACGGGGACCAUUCAUCUUAAUUUUAUUUGUUUCCAAGUCGCAUUACUCAAAAAACGUCUAUUUAACUAAGCGUCUUUAAGUCAGCUCACUUUGGUGUGAUAUUAGUAUUACGGUUCUUGUACUUCUUUUUUUUUUUCUUUCAGACACUGAUUCUGUCUCUUAAUAUUUUUGUCCUAAAAGUGAGCAUUGGUUUUUAGUCAAUUUCUCCUGUUGAAAGUAAUGUGACAGUGAAUGAGUUUAAGGGUUAUUUGUUCAGUUUUGCUGUUCAGUAAAUAUCAGUGUCUGUUCAGGUCACGUCGGGGGUCUUCCUUAAUAUCUGCAGACGCUUCUGUUAUGAAAAAGAAAAAAAUGUGCCGUAUAGAUUUUUGGAUUUUGUGUGUGUAUGAAUUUUGACCACUUAUUUCUUUUCGAUUAAAAACUCCAUUACAGAAAUAGGAAUCCUGAAACAGGAACUGUCACGAGCCAGAUGUAUUUCAUAGCUGUUCUUUGGUUUAGUAGUGUCUUGUAGUGUUAAGAAUAAAGAUAGUAGACCUCAUCAGUAA